CAUGGCGGUGGCGCUGGAGGCCGUUUGGCUGAGGGUGAAGAACGUCUGCAAACAAAAUGGCCUCCUGAUCAUGUCCGUGCUGGCCGUGGUCGUCGGCUGCCUUCUGGGAUUCUUCCUCAGGACCAGGCGGCUCUCCGAGCAGGAAGUGAAAUAUUUCCAGUUUCCUGGCGAGCUCCUGAUGAGGAUGCUGAAGAUGCUGAUUCUGCCUCUGGUGGUGUCCAGUUUGAUGUCAGGCCUGGCCGCGCUGGACGCCAAGUGCUCCAGUCGGCUGGGCCUGAUCACCGUGUCCUACUACCUGUGGACCACCUUCGUGGCCGUCAUCGUGGGUAUCGUCAUGGUGUCCGUCAUCCACCCGGGCGGCGCCGCCCAGAAGGAAGACUCGGAGGACAGCGGCAAGCCCAUCAUGAGCUCGGCGGACGCUCUGCUCGACCUGAUCCGAAACAUGUUCCCGGCCAAUCUGGUGCAGGCUACCUUCCAACAGUAUCGAACCAGCAGCCAGUACACGGUGCAGACCAAGCCCACGUCGGCCCGGACGCCGUCCCAGUCGGUCACGCGGCCGCCGCUCAUCUACGGCAUCCGGGACGACAACGGGAGCGACGUCCAGAACUUCUCGCUGGACCUGACGCCGCCCCCCGACGUGCUGGUCAAAACCAAGGAGGGGACCAGCGACGGGAUGAACGUCCUCGGCAUCGUCAUCUUUUCUGCCACCAUGGGCAUCAUGUUGGGCAGGAUGGGUCCAAACGGCAGCGCCUUGGUCAACCUUUGCCAGAGUUUGAACGAGGCCGUGCUCAAGAUAGUCGCCGUUGUCAUUUGGUACUUCCCGUUCGGCAUCGUGUUCCUGGUGGCGGGCAAGAUCCUGGAGAUGAGCGACCCAUCGGCCAUGGGCAAGAAGUUGGGCUUCUACGCCGUCACGGUGGUCUUGGGCCUGGUGCUGCACGGCCUCUUCAUCCUGCCCGCCAUGUACUUCUUCAUCACCAAGAAGAGCCCCAUCGUCUACAUCCGCGGAAUCCUCCAGGCGCUCCUCAUCGCCCUGGCCACCUCGUCCAGCUCGGCCACGCUGCCUAUCACCUUCAAGUGCCUCCUGGAGAACAACCACAUCGACAGGCGGAUCAUCCGCUUCGUGCUGCCCGUGGGCGCCACCAUCAACAUGGACGGCACGGCGCUCUACGAGGCCGUGGCCGCCAUCUUCAUCGCGCAGGUCAACAACUACGAGCUGGACUUCGGACAGAUCAUUACCAUCAGCAUCACGGCCACGGCCGCCAGCAUCGGCGCGGCGGGCAUUCCCCAAGCGGGCCUGGUCACCAUGGUGAUCGUGCUCACCUCCGUCGGCCUGCCAACCGACGACAUCAGCCUCAUCAUCGCCGUGGAUUGGGCGCUAGACCGAUUCCGGACCAUGGUCAACGUCAUGGGCGACGCCCUCGCCACCGGAAUCAUGGCGCACAUCUGCCGGAAGGACUUCAUCAAGGAGGGAGACGGGGUGCCACUGGUGUGCGAGAGCCGCGCCGGCGUGGCGGCUUCGCUCAUGAACUGCCACAACACCGACGACGACCGCCGGCUGCCGUCCAAGCACACGCUGGUCCCGCCCGAGGUGGCGCGCCUCAUGCGGCUGGAGGAGGGCUUGCGGCCGCCGCCCGACAGGAAGAAGCCGCGCGUCCCCCCGCGACAUGCCAAGAGGAAAAAGGACCGCCCUGCGGCGGACGUGAACGGCCUGGAGACCAACGUGUGAAGGACGGCGACGACGCCUUUGCCUUUGGCCCUGUUUUCCGCCCCGCAGAAUUCUUUCUGAUCUGCGGGCGGACCGGAACUAGAACCGCGCCCGGACCCGUACCGC